AUGCUACGGCCAUUUGUCGCCGGUGCUGCGUCCCGUGGGCUUUGCCUUGGCUGGCGACUCCGCUGCCCUUCGAUUCUUCGAGGCCGGGGCUUCGGCGAAAGCAGCGAGGAUGUCAGAGAGCUGGAUCCUCAUGGGCCCAAGGGCACUCCCAAGGGUCUCACAGAAUCGACACCGAGUACCAGUAGCGCCAUUACAUCCUUCACUGGGGGCUUGCCAGCGAGCCGCGACUUUGAUUUGCGGCAAUCCUUCCGAAAGUUUCCGUUACACCGAGAUGUACAGCUUGGAUUGAUGAAGAUGGGCGUGUCGGUUCCAACGCGUGUGCAGGAUCUGACGAUGCCAAUGCUGAUGGAAGGUGUGUCGACAUUCAUUCUGGCACAGACCGGCACGGGCAAAACUCUGGCCUACGUGUUGCCAAUUGUGCAUAAGCUGCUCUCCACGAACACGGAAGGUUUCUUCCCGAAGAGCCGAAAGCCGAGAGCCAUCAUCGUGCAGCCAACUCGCGAACUGGCUCUGCAGACCAUCAAGGUGGUCCGGAACUUCCCAGUGAGGUCGGUGGUGUGUGCUCCCAGUUGCUCCUUCGUCAAGGAGACCCAGGCGCUUUUCGCGGGAGUUGAUGUGGUGGUGACUACGCCAUUUCGCCUAAUUCUUCACCUCGGAAAAGCUGACAUGGUCUUGAACGAGGUCCGACAUGUGGUGUUCGAUGAGGCAGACACGCUAUGCGACACCUUCUAUGAGAAGGACACAAGCAAGCUUCUGAAAGGACUAGAGGAGGACUGUCCGGCAAAGCCGCAGGUGAUCAUUGUCGGUGCAACUCGCACUGGAGCCGUAUCGGCUUUUCUGCGCAAGCACAUGAACAACACCCAGGUCAUGCCUGUGGUUACCACAGAUGCACACGUGCCGCCGCCACACCUGGAGCAGGUGUUCGUCCCCACCCGCGGCAAGCGCUUGCUGUCAGUAUUGUGGGACGUUCUUGGAGAGGUUCCAACUGUCGGAAAGAAGACGCUGAUCUUCACCAACCGUGCACCAACGUGCAAGGCCGUACACAAAAGCCUCCUGGAACACGGCAUGAAUGCCGUUUGUUUGCACGGCAAUGUUCACCCGGACAAGCGCAAGCAGGCUUGGGAUUCCUUUGCUGGCGCUGGCAAAGCUGACGUCAUGGUGUGCACCAACCUGGCCUCAAGAGGGCUGGACUUUAGCAACGUGCACCAUGUGGUGAUGUAUGACUUCCCGCUGAAUAUGGCGGACUACCUCCAUCGGGUCGGGCGCACGGCCCGCGGAGGCCGCGCAGGAAGGGUGACUACCAUCACCCCCCGACGCUACUGGCCGUUCGUGUCCAAAAUACAGGAGGCGACAAAGCAAGGCAAGCCUAUUGAAGUCCGGAACAUGUCAAAGAAGGUGAAAAAAAUCCUUGCGAUCGAGAACUAUCAGAAAGUUCUCCAGGCACGGGACGUCAAAAAAAGUGUCAAGCAAAAGCUCAAGCAGCGGCUGGGCCUCCCACCUGCCAGAAACAUCGGCUCCAAGGAGACCAAAGCUGCAAUGAAGAGGCUUGAUCGACGAAUGAAAGCAAUUAAACACGUUCGCUACUUGUGGAAGCGUGGCAUUCUAAAGCGGGGCCACAAGAUUCCACAGAUGCCUGACAAGCAGAUCGAGGCUUCUGAAACGCAAACUAUGUCGACACUUGUGCGAGCACGUGAUGGCCUGCUCCAGGUUGUACCGAACCGACGCCGUCCAAACAGGGGCGCAGAUCGACCGGAGAACGCUCCUUUGCAGCGAGUCCGCGUAAACUCGAAUGAACCACCGGCUGCUUCGAACCGGCGCCGGCGGACUGUGAUGUAA